ACAGGUGGACAUGAGGCUAUCUGUUAUAAUAUUUUGUAUUUUCAUAAGAGAUGUAUUUACGGAAGAGGAAGAAAAGAUUGUGAUAUUGGAAUCAGGCGGCGUAAGCGGUGAAAAAUAUUGGAAUGGGGAUUUUUAUGAAUUUUACGGUAUUCCAUAUGCGACUAAUCCAAAGGGAAGGAAUAAGUUUAAGGCACCAUUACCCGUAACGCCUUGGGAAGGCAUCAUCUCUACAAGUAAAAAUACUAAUCUCUGCCACCAAAGUUAUUACACAGAUAACAGUGAUGAUGAAGCGAUACUCGCAGGAGAUGAAGAAUGUCUUACGGUUAAUGUUCUUACUCCUCUAUCCGCUAGUGAAGAAGAUCCAGUACCGGUAAUCGUAUAUGUCCACAGUGGAGCAUUCUCAGGAGGUAGUGGUAAUAUGGCGAAGUUCAACUACCUUGCGAGACAUGAUGUCGUUGUGGUUAGUUUCAACUAUAGAGUUGGUGCAUUUGGAUUUGCUUGUCUUGGCAACGAAGAUAUACCGGGUAAUGCAGGCCUGAAAGACCAGUUAGCUGCUUUACAAUGGAUAAAGACUAAUAUCAAGAAGUUUGGUGGUGACCCAGACAAGAUAACUUUAGCUGGUUUCAGUGUUGGGGCCUCUAUGGCUGAAUUACUUGCACUCAACCCAAAAACAGAUGGUUUAAUAAAUCAAUUGAUAUUAGAAAGUGGUUCUGCCCUAUCUCCAUUUACAAUUAAUCGUGAUCCUUUCAGUACUGCAUGGAAUAUUGCGCUAUCCUUAGGAUAUAAUGGUACGGAAAGCUUGGAAGACUUGACAGAGUUUUAUUUAAAUGUAGACGAAAAAGCAUUAGCUAUCAAAAGUGUAAACUAUUUCUUGACAAAUAGUACAUUCGGCUUUGCACCGUGCAUUGAAAAUAUACAAGAUGGUAUUGAACCAUUUCUAACAGAGUCCCCAUUGGAUACUUUAGUGAAAGGCAACUUCAAAAAAAUACCUGUAAUAACAGGUUUUUCUAACAUGGAAGGUAUUAGUCGAUCCAUAAAGUUCGGUACCUGGAGAGAUAUGAUGAAUGAAAACUUUGAAGAUUUCCUUCCCGCUGAUCUUCAAUUUAAUACAGAGCAAGAAAAAAAUGAAGCAAUAAGAGAGAUAAAACAUUAUUAUUUCAAUAACAAAAACAUAACACAUGAAAGUCUUCGAAACUAUGUAGAUUAUUUCUCAGAUUCCAUGUUUAAAUAUUGGAUAUUAAAGUCAGCUUAUCUGCACGCUUCAGCUUCCGAGAACCCUUUGUAUUUGUAUGAAUUUUCUUAUGUUGGCAAUUUGAAUAUACAACAUCAUUAUAUGGAUAGACUUAAAGGAGCCAGUCAUAGGGAUCAAACAGCCUAUAUUUUGGACUUUUACGGCUAUACAAAUAGCUAUAGAGACUUAGAUACUCGAGAGAGGAUGACUACAAUGUGGACCGACUUCACAAAGUAUGGGAAUCCUACGAAAUUCGAAAGCUCUAUAAUAACCGUUAAGUGGCCACCUUUUACAAAGGAUUCACCUAAAUAUCUAGAAAUUUCCAAGCGAUUACAUAUCAAAGAAAAUUUGCUGAAAGAUAGCUUUAUGUUUUGGGAUAAAAUUUAUAAAAAGUACUAUUGGAACCCAAAGUUCACAAAAUACGAUCCACAAAAAUUUGUCAGACAAAAUAAUAAUGAUGAGAAUGAAAAUGGUAAGAACGAUGAUAGUAAAACUACAAAUAAAAUCAAUGUGAAAACAGAUAAUUUGUCCUUAAUAGAAAAGAAUGAAACAAAGUCUAAAGACGCAUCUAAAGAAGAAAAAAAACAAGCUGAACAUAGUGUAAAUAAUGGAAAACAUGGUGAAAAAAUUAUGGAUGCUAAAGAUAAAAUAAAAAAGACGAAAAUCAUCACAAAUCUUGAUGAAGGAGGUAAAUUAGAGGAAAACAAUGAUCUAAAUCCAUCUAAAAAGGAAAAUGCUCUACCAAAAACUAAAGAAAGUAAAGAAACAGUUAAUAAAAUUGAAAAUAAACCUGCGCAAAAAUACAACAAUAAUGAUCACAUUAAAAUAAAUGAUGAAACAAAAGUAAAAGCAGAGGAUAAAAUCCUACAACAGAACAAUGAUAAAAGUGAUAUGAAAGUGACAAGAACCACAAGAAAACUUGAUAGUACCGGUAAAUUAGUAAAUCAAGUUGAAGAGAAACCGUCUGCUAAUGAAAAAGAACCUUCAUUUUUAAGCAAAGAACAGAGCAAGGAAAAAAUUUAACGAAUUGUUAUCGACAAAAGCAAGAAUGAUGAAAACACCCAGGAUUAUAAAGAAAAUGGAUCAAAAUCUCAUAAAUAGACUCUGAUUAAAAGGCAUAAAAGGCAUAAAAGGCAUUUAUUUUCUCAAAAUUGAUUCCUUUAGAAUUCUUUUUGAUGUCAUUUCUUAUACUACUAGAUACUACUACCGCUUCGGAAACAAAUGGCGCUCUGAGAGAGAAGAAGCGGCGCAAGAAACUCUCCCAGCAUUCUUUUUUUUUGCGCUCUUUUCAAUAAAAAUAUACAAUAUUGUACAGUUGCUAUAAAAUAAUCACAAUCUAGUCCCAGGCUGUCCGAUCAUUUAGAUAU